GUUAAAGUGUAGCAGGAGGCCGGUUCUCUCUCUGCAGCUAACCAGGAGCUAGCUCUCCUUUAGCUCGGUGUUUGCGGCUGCUGACCUUGUGGUGCAGCUAAUGUGGUAGCUUCGGUCUGACUCUAUUAUAAUGUGCAUGUGUCUGGCAUGAUGUUUAUAUUAUAAUUAUAAUAACUCAGGAAGGAGGAUUAAUUAUAAGAUGAAUGCAGCUCGAGGUUGAGACUUUUCACGCUUUCUGUGUCUCUAAUUUAAAUGUUUGUCUCUGUUUGUUUGUUGUUGGUGGUAGUGAUUGUGCAGCUUUUUACUAUCUGAGAUGUAGUAUUGUGUUAAUUAUUGGUCAAUAUCGGCUUCAAAAUGUAAUAUUAGUGUCUAUACGUUAAAAGGAAAGCUUCAGAGGUUUUUAAAAGGUAAUGUGUGUGUUAGGUUUAGUCUAGAGCCAUCUAGUGGUGAGGCUGUGUACUACACCUUCUAAAGCCUGUAAGAUUAAUUUAGUAGUUGCCUUUUAUUUAUGCUCGAGAUAUCAUUGAGGGUGACCCUUAAUUUCCUUGGAAAUUAAUAAAGUAUCUAUUUACAAUGACAGAAAAGGAAAAUAACAGGGGGAAAAAUAAUACAUUCAUAAUUAAAAAUAGGAAAUCCAAACAUAAGUUAAAAUACAGAAAAUAAUAAGCCACUAGUAGUUGUUGGGAUGUUUUUAAAAACUCAAAUAAAAAAACAAACAAACAAACACUACAAAGGUGUUUAAUUUUAAGGAGGUGCUGCAUUUUUAUUCUACGAGUCAGGUGGUGCGCUAAAGCUAAAAGCAGUUUUGCUGAGCUCAGAUUGAACUUGUUGGGCAUUAAUUUAAAGCUGGUCAGUAGAGUAGGUUUGGUUAAAGUCCAUCUGGGUGACAGAGCAGUUGUUAAAGGUAGUGAGGUAAUUUUCUUAUACGUGCUUUUAUAGAUAAAGGGAUACCAGUGAGUAUCACGACUGUCUUGGAGAGAGGACAUUACUAUAUAAAAUCCAAUGAUAUGUAAGUGUGCAAAUCACACAUCUGGGGGGGAAAAGGGUGCUGAACCAAAAAACUAAAUCUGAUGAUGACAGAGAAUGACAGUGUGCAGGCUGCAGCUCCCAAUGCAGGUAUAAUUUAAUGGGAUUUCAACAUAUCCUAUUAAAUUAUACCUGCGUGGCAGCUACAGCGUGUGCACUUUUUCCUGUUUGUAUACUGACCAUUAGAUUCCUUCAUAAUGUGCUUAAAUUAGAUUAGAUUUAACUCUAUUGUCAUUGCACAUAGUCUGCUUGUACUGAGAAAAUGCAGUCUAGCAUCUGACUAGAAGUGCAAAAACAAGCUGUAAACUGCAGUGUAAUCGGAUACUAGAUACUGGAACAUAUUCUUUACAUUUCCCACGCUAUAUUUAUAUUCUGGGGCUCUACUGGAACAUCUUUGCAUGAUUUCUAGUUUAAAAUUCCUUAUUUAUCUUCUAUUGGUCCAUUAUGCAGCCCCUCAGUUCAGCCUCUGUCUGAAACAGGCCUUUUUAGCUCCUGCCUCUUUAACAUGAUUGUAAAAUAACUUUAAAAUCACAUCUGUUAAAGUUUUAGAGUGAUCAAUCAGCAUAUAUAAUUGGGUAAAAAGCCGAUAUUGGUUUCAGUAUUGACUACAUCAGCGCAUCUUUGUGCUUAUUUAACAGUGAAGGCCACAGCAGCAUGUCUUGUCUGUGCUGUGGUGUCACUGACAGCAGGGUUCCUACAUGUCUUGAACUUUAAAACAGAAUAAGUCUGUUUUUAAAGUUUUUAGGCAUCAUUCUUUAAACUUAAACCUCUUUUUUAAGUCAUGAAUUGUGAUGAAGGGACCCUGUUGAGUGUUUUACGGCUUCAUGUUGAACGAGCUUUCAUUCUCUCCUUCCUGCUUCCUCUCCCUCUUUAAAUUCACUCACACACAAACACACACAAAAAUCCCUAUUUAUUUCUUGCUUUUCUCCUUCCUCUCCUCUCCUCUCCCCACUCCUCCUCCUACUCCUUCUCCUCGCCUGAACCCUAGGGAGCCCAAACAGUGUCCGAGGUAAGCCGAUCUGCUGAUGUUUGUCUGUAGGCUCGGUCCUACGCUUCCUUCCUUUUGCAGCGACGCCUCCAAACUGGGCAAAAUUAAAAUAAAGGACAACAAAUUAUGAUUUUUAUCCUCUUUCUUGCAGUGUAAUCACUCCAUUUAUAUAAUUUGGAUGGAUUGCCCCCGAUGAGAGAGGAGCUGCAUCUCUGCUAAACUGCCAUUUUAUUAAAAUUAGGCAUUUAAUUUAAUUUGAUUUAACAGCAUCCAUUUCAAACUUCAAAUGUCUUGAUUUUUUUAUUUUCUUUACACGCUUAAUGAAUUAAUUGAAUCAUCUGCUGCUCUGUUGUAGCAUGUUUUAAACUCCUGGGUGAGAAAAUGUUACAGAUAGUUUACGAUGGCACAACAUUUAGAUGCUGUUUUUACUCUGCAAUCAACAAUAGUCAGAGAUGGUAUUUAAACCGUCACAGUAUAACGAGUCAACGUAAGAAGCUAAAGUAACAGAAAAAUAGCUUUGGAGGAUAAUAGUGUCGUCCUACACCCAUAAACAAUUAACACAAUUUACAUAAUUUGUCAAAACCUACUUUGAAAAAAAUGUUUUUAUGAUAUGUCCUGCUCAAUAUUGACAACAUGCUUUAAAAUGUAGGAAUGCUCCAAAUUAUUAUAAGUUUGACAUUUUCAGGAGCAUUCAGUCUUACUUUUGGUAAAAAUGAUGCAAAUGUCAUUUCAAAUUACAUAAAACCAACAAAAAUACAAAAUGUACAUUUUAACAAACCUGAUGCUGCUUUUAAAACUAUUUAACAUAUUUUUGAAUUGCUCAUCUUGCCAACCUUUAUUUGAGACUUAUGACUUGAACAGCUAAGAAAUGAUCAGAAUCAACUUCUGAUUAAUUAAUAAAAAAUUUCAGAGCAAUUUGAAAUCUAAAUGUUGUGCCACUCUUGAAGUAUCAGAUUAAAUCUAGACACUGUUGGGCUGAUUUAGUCUCCAUGUUCCCCCAGUGUGUGUUUUUAAUUCUCCUUUGUUUUAGCCUCUAGAAGCUUCUUGUCAUCAUGUUUGUGUCCCAUUCUUCAUUUAGUUGCUGCUUCUGCUGUUUUUCACCUGUAGACGUGUCCUCACCGUAGCCUCUGUAGAGCUCCUCUGGCUGUGCUCUGGUCUGAUUGGUUGGCUCCUGUGUUCCCCAGUUGCUGAUUGACCUGUCAGAGGUGCCAGAGUCGUGGUUUCCCGCUCAUACGCGGACUUUACGCCUGCGAUGACAUUUGACAUCAAGAAAUGUGACGUGCACCGUCUGGAGGAGGGUCCUCCGUUGAAGGCGGAGCUGACGCGGGAGCAGGGCCUGCAGUACUACCGCACCAUGCAGACCAUCAGGCGCAUGGAGCUCAAAGCCGACCAGCUCUACAAACAGAAGAUCAUCAGAGGCUUCUGCCACUUGUAUGACGGACAGGAAGCGUGUGCCAUGGGCAUUGAGGCUGCCAUCAACCCGACUGAUCACCUGAUCACAGCGUACCGCGCACACGGUUACACCUACACCCGCGGAGUAGCGGUCAAAGAGAUCCUGGCCGAGCUCACAGGUCGUAAAGGCGGCGUGGCCAAAGGGAAAGGAGGAUCCAUGCACAUGUACGCUCCUCACUUCUAUGGAGGGAACGGCAUUGUGGGAGCUCAGGUUCCUCUAGGAGCCGGCAUCGCUCUGGCCUGUCAGUACCAAGGUAACAACCAGCUGUGUGUCACACUGUACGGAGACGGAGCAGCCAAUCAGGGUCAGCUGUUUGAGUCCUUCAACAUGGCCGCCCUGUGGAAGCUGCCGUGCAUCUUCAUCUGCGAGAACAACAAAUACGGCAUGGGGACGUCUGUGGAGCGAGCGGCAGCCAGCACCGACUACUACAAGAGAGGAGACUACAUCCCAGGACUCAGAGUGGACGGGAUGGACAUCCUUUGUGUCCGAGAGGCCACCAAGUUCGCUGCAGACCACUGCAGGUCUGGAAAGGGUCCCAUCGUGAUGGAGCUGCAGACUUAUCGUUACCAUGGACACAGCAUGAGCGACCCAGGAGUCAGCUACCGCACUCGUGAGGAGAUCCAGGAGGUGCGAAGCAAGAGUGACCCCAUUUCUCUGUUGAAGGAGCGCAUGCUCAGCAACAACAUGGCGUCUGUGGAGGAGCUCAAGGAAAUCGACGUGGCGAUCCGUAAGGAAGUAGAGGAGGCGACUCAGUACGCGACAUCGGAUCCUGAGCCGCCGCUGGAUGACUUGUGCAACCACAUCUUCGCCAACAGCCCACCGCUGGAGGUCCGCGGAACAAACCCCUGGGUCAAGCUGAAGUCUACCAGCUAGACUCACACCUCAAGAGUCCCAAACACUGACCCUCUAAAAGGUAGAAUCCUCCCCCCCAAAAUACUGAGGCUCCUUCACUUUGCACCCUGUCUGUUAAUCGGCACCUUUCUCUCCGCCUCGACUGUAGCUCAGCAUCAUUCCGCACCUUACUGGGACUCGGCUCGGACCUGAAACCUGUCAGUAUUAUCUAUUGUUUUAUAGAGAUAUAUAUUUAAGAGUUAUUGUAUUAUUAUUUCUGUCUGUUUCUGCUCCAUCCUGCCACAUUUCUAACCAGUUAGUCAUCUUGAUUUUACAUUUACUGGUUUUAAAUAACGGCAAGGAGGCACAAAAAAAUACGCACAAGACUUUCCACUUUAUUCUUUCCACAUCUGUUGAAAUGAAAAAAAUGUCCUCAAAUGUUUAAUGCAGCAUCUCGUUACUGAUUUUAACCUUUUUAAACAUUCAGAAAAAGAUGGAAGAAUACUUACAAAAGCUUCCAAGAAACAAUUUCCAACCUGAAAAAUGUGACAAUGAACAUUUUUACAGUGUCAGUUUUCAAACACUAAGUCUUUUUAACCAUGUCAGACCUCUUUUUGUUUUUUUAGUAAAUCAGGAAAAGGAUUUUAGUAGGUUUACUGUCAGUGAGCGAGGUGUGAGGAAGAGGAGAUGCACUACAGGGGACAAGAUGAGCAAAACAAUUAUUUAAAAAGAUCUAUAUGUAUUUAUUGAGUUUUGAGGGAUUUUACUAUGUGAAGUUUUCAGCAGCAAAUCAAAGUUAUAAAGUAAAAUAUUUCACAUGAAACUGAUGUUUUUAACCAGAGCUACUAAACAGCUACUUCAUUUUCCCAUUCUGUCACACUGGAGCACUUAAAUAUCCCAAAAUGAUCUCACAGCUGCUUCUCUUUCCCGAAGAGACAAACCAUGAAUCUUGUUGGUUGGUAGGAAGCUUUAAACUGUGUGGAUAAAUAUAAAUACGCUAUGAUGUGUAAUAAUGAGACUAACACACAUUUAGUCUGUGUGGUUUGAAGGAUGUUCAUAUGUGGCUGCUUCUAUAUGAAGAUGCACUUACAGCUCAGGGCCAGCUUUCUUGUUAAGUUACACAAUUGGGAACAUUUGAAGGGGAAAACAUACCGUAGUACGAUAUACCUCUUUUCUUUAUUAAAAGAACUUACUGUUACUGCCCAUUAACUUUAUAAAGGUGUGGAAGUUUUACCCUGUUUAUGUGAGAUUGAUGGCUGUAUAAUAAAAGCUUAAAGAACAUGUGGACAUCAAA